GUAGAAAUACAGAGUCCAGGUGGCAGUAAAUAAAGAAGGAAGGAAGAAAAGCAUGAAAAGCACGCGUUAAGCAUUGGACAGACUGACACAGAAUGACUCGUGCGAGGCGAGUCAAUAGAUAUGUAAAUCAGUGAGCCCAUAACCCACCACUCACUCUUCACAGCUGAUCCCUUUCCUUCCUGUGCUUUCUCCUAAAAACACUAAUAAUACCCGAGCUAAACAAUUUAAAAAAAAAAAAAAAAAAAAACAAAAAACAAACAAACCAUAACCAAACUUCCUCUCUCUCUCUCUCACCGAAUACAACCAAAAAAAAAACAACCGAACAUUCAACAAAAUACAUCUAAACAGAAACAUUAAAAACACCACCGUCCACCACCACCGCCGUUACCGUUACGGUCGCCACCGCCACUACUGCUGAGUUUAUAUUAGUAACUAAAGAAGAAGAGAAAGAAGAAGAAGCUUCUAGAAAACGAUAAAAAAACCCUAGAAAAAAUGGAAAAUCCACAAAUCUGAAUGGAACGCCUUUACACCACCCGCGGAUCAUCAUCCGGCCACUCUUGUUUUCGGUUACUCCGAUUCUCUCUCUUCUUUGCUGGAGGUUGAAUUUAGAAAUUUUGACUCAACUGUGAGAGGGACGCGCGCACGUUUCAGUAUUGGUUUGUAGGAAAAGAUGGGGAGUUGGGGAUCAGGUGCGGUCGAUUAUGGUAUAGGACCGAUCGUAUGGGUGAGAAGAAGGAACGGUUCGUGGUGGCCUGGGAAAAUACUGGAGCCAGACGAAUUGGCAGAGUGUAAUUUGACUUCUCCCAGAACGGGAACUCCCGUCAAACUUCUUGGAAGAGAAGAUGCUAGUGUGGAUUGGUACAAUUUAGAAAAAUCUAAGCGUGUGAAGGCAUUUCGAUGUGGUGAAUUUGAUGAUUGCAUUGAAAGGGCUGAAUCAGCCCAGGGCAUGCCAAUUAAAAAGCGAGAGAAAUAUGCACGUCGAGAAGAUGCAAUUCUUCAUGCACUAGAACUUGAAAAGGAAUUGUUGAGAAAGCAAGGUAACUUAAGUGCAUCUACUGAUCAGCCAAGAAGUAAAUCAUCUGGAUCUGCAAAGAAUGUAAUUGCUUCUGAAGGUAACAGCGGAAAACCUGGGAAUGCCAAGUUGAAUCAGUUUUUAAACAGAGUAGAAAUGAAUAUCAAAAAUGAGACUGUUAGCAACUUUCUGAAACCCAAGGAUGAAAAUCAACCAAUAUCAGAAGAUGAUCAUUCUGAAGCGACACCACGGAUGAGAGGAUUGCAGGAUUUUGGGCUCAGAACUACCUCAUUAAAGCGAAAGAAUGCAUCACCUGUUGAUUCAGAUGGUUCUGAGAAACAUAUGGUAGAUAAUCACUUUCAAGCUCAUCCUGUUGGUGCCACAAGCAUGGCAAAAGUAAAUCAUGCAAAUGGAGGAGACCAGAUGGGAGGUGUUUCCCGGGCAAAGAGGAGUAAGUGCGUUUACUUUCCAGCUGAGACUAAUGAUUCUUUGGAUGAUAAAGAACUUCCUCCAAAUCAGAUUAAGAUGUUUGGGAAUGAUGGUCAUCCCCAUCGUGGUUCACUGAAUGAACAGAACUCUUCUUCUGGAUUUACAGAAGAUGUUGAAUCUGAUUCUUCGCAAACUGACUCUUCUGAAUCUGAAUCUGAUUCUACAGAGACUGAGCCAGAUGUCGAUGACGAAAUGACUGUUUAUAAAGAUGCUGGUGUGCAUUCGGAGGCUGAACAGGAUGUUCUGAGACAGCCUGAAAGACAAGAACAUGAAAGUACAAGCAGUGAGGAGCCUGAUGAAUUAGCGUUUUCUGGUGAUAUACGUCAUCUUUAUCCUGAUGACCCUUUCCUUUCUAAUGAGGCAGUAUCCAAAUGGCAAUUGAAAGGGAAGAGGAAUAUUCGCCAUCUUGCAAAAAAGUCUGUAGAUGGAGCUGAUGGAAAAGUUUUAAAUGGUCCUGUUCAUGGAACCUAUCGUGGGAAGGGUAGUACGUUUGCACAAAGGGGGUAUGGUGUUGAUGAUUCUGAUUUCGACAGAGACUAUUUUGGGGCUCAAAUAAUUGGGGUAGACUAUGGACGCUAUUCAUGUAAUCCUAGGUUUAUGUCCAGAGGCAGAAGUACUGGCCGUAAUGUUAUUGAUUGGAGGGACUUGACUUGGGAGGAUCGACCUGCAUUUAAGGGACGCUGGGAGGACCGGGCAGAGCACUUCAAUCCAAUGAUUUUUGGCCGUCAUCAUUUUGGUGGGAGGACAAGAUCCAUGCUGUUAGAUGUGGAUUUGAAGGUCCAAGCUAGCUAUCAAAAGGAACCUGUUCCUAUUGUUUCUCUUAUGAGCAAGUUAAAUGGAAAGGCAAUAAUAGGGCAUCCAAUCCAAAUUGAAGCCCUGGAAGAUGGUUCAUCAGAAGCUGUCAUCUCUACGAAUGAUUAUUGUAGCAAUGAAGCAGUUGACUAUGAUGGGAAUGCCUCACUUCCACCAGCUUGGAGGACUGCUAGAAGGACCAAUUUCAGGGUCCCACGCCCUCAUUUAUCGUCAGUGUUGGGUGAUGAGGAUGUUGCUGUGGAUCAUGCAUUUGUAGAUCAAGAAGGAAGAUUGCCAUUCAAGAAGUCAAGUGUGUCAAGGAAGAGUGUUCCCCACAUUUCCUGGCCUCCGAUGGAUCGGAAAUUCCCAAGAAAGCUUUCAAAGAAAGCAAGCUUAUCAUCCAAUCAAAAAACAAGAACCCUAUCUUCAAUUGCUGUUCAACAGAGUUUUGGGGCCAAGACUUUACAUUAUACAAGUGGUAGCCAAAUGGAUGGGCUCAUCAAACCCGAGACAGCUGGGCCAACGACAGUUGCUUGUAUACCUGUCAAAUUAGUUUUCAGUAGGUUACUUGAGAAGAUCAAUAGACCGCCAUCAAAAGCUGCAUGUAAAGUGGUAAUGUCAAAUAGGGAGGCAGAGAGGCAACCAUCAUAAAUAACAUGUACAUUGAUUUAGGGGCUUACUAAUACUGCAGGUGCAAUAAGUAUGGCUAAUUUCCUUUUUCUGACAAAAGUAUUCUGCACUGAAACCUUUACAUUACAUUAUAAGCAUCUCAUGGGUUAGGAUUCUGUUACCAGUUGUUUAACAUUAAAUGAAGCAGGAAGUCAUCGAAGAAACUAUUAAGGUUGUUCUGAUGUUAAUGUUGCUGGAUAUUGGGUGCAAGACUCUAAAGGAAGAGCUAUGGAUAGGCAGGAUAAACAGAAAAGAAAGGUAAUUACUAGAUUUUACAAAUAGGAGCAGUAGUACGAAAUUCAAAUUAGAUAUGUACAUUUUAUUUUUGUAUGGGCUUUUCAGUUUUUCUUUUUCUCUUAAUUAAUUUAUUCUAAAGGUAUAGAGAAACUUCGUACAGUGGGAUCAAGGUAGACUUUCUUUUUGUAAUUUUGUAGUUUAUUCUGAGUAAAUCGUUAGAUGAACUUGUGAGAGCAUCAGCCACUGUGCUCCUGUAAAAUAAGAACUUUCUGUAAGGUUAGACGAUUGUUCUAUAUAAUGCACAAAGUGCAAACUCCCAAAAAGAUUACAUGUUGCAAAUGAAGAGUUUGAAUUUUAGUUCUUUUA